UGAUAGAAUUUUGACGUAAUGUCUGUGCGGAAAUGGUAGGGUGUGCUUUGCGUUUAGUGAAUAUGCGUGUGAAAGUGUCAUUUCUCGCGGAAGUGGGUGAAGAUUGCGUUUUUGUAUGUGUAAUGUAACGACACAUCUGACAUAAUGUAUUUCUAUUUACUCCUCGCUGGAACAGCCGUAGUGAAUAAUAUGUAUGUUAAUUAAAGUGCUGAAUGUAAAUGACAGUGAAAUAUGUCCAUCCCAGGGGGGAGUAAAAGAAGUGGUGCUAUGAAAAUUCGUUUGACAAUACUGUGCGCACGAAAUUUGGCCAAAAAGGAUUUGUUCCGCCUUCCCGAUCCAUUCGCAAAGAUCAGCGUCGAUGGCUCGGGUCAGUGUCAUAAAACAGACACAUGUAAAGCCACUCUUGACCCUAAGUGGAAUCAGCAUUAUGACUUGUAUAUUGGAAAGGAUGAUGGUAUUACUAUAAGUGUAUGGAACCACAGAAAAAUUCACAAAAAACAAGGAGCUGGAUUCCUAGGUGGUGUGAGAAUUGUAUCAAAUACAAUUCAGAGGCUGAAAGACACUGGCUAUCAGCGCUUGGAUUUGUGCAAGUUAAGCUUAGACAGUCCCGAUCCAGUGAAAGGUCAAAUUGUAGUUUCUUUGCUCUCCCGUGAUGGCCACAGUGGUGUCGCAGGUGGUGGCCACAAUGCUGUUGUGGAUCCUCUGGGAGACCUCAGUUGCCCUGAGGACCUCCCCGAGGGAUGGGAAGAGCGAAGAACUUCUGACGGUUGGCUUUAUUACGUAAAUCAUCACACCAAAACUACUCAGUGGUUUAGGCCAACAAGGCCGCAAUAUACAAGUAUUAUUCCGACACAUGUCCUUUCAAGACCUUCGCGUGAGAAUGGUCCUGUUGGCUCAAACGUUACACAGCCUACUUCUCCAACAAGUGGAUUAGCCCAUCCAAAUUCUUCAAGUGAUGGUGGGUCUGUCAGCCCAGAUGUUACACAGCCUACUUCUCCAACAAGUGGAUUAGCCCAUCUAAAUUCUUCAACUGAGGGUGGACCCGUCAGCCCAGAUGUUACGCAGCCAGCUUCUCCAAUAAGUGGAUUAGUCCAUCUAAAUACUUCAAGUUCCAAUACCAGUUCACCUAUUACUGGUACCGUUGAACAACAAUCGUCAGCAGGAUCCAAUUCUGGCAGUCCAGUAAACCAGACACCAAGCCAGAAUCAAUCAGGGAACAGGGAGCAGAAUGGCAUCUUCCCUCUUCGAGGAACUGCUGCAUCACGCAGGCCAUUGGUUCCAGCAAUAACAGGCUUUCAACCAAACAAAACAGUGAGUGAAGCUGAAAAUCGGCCUUCAAGAACAGAGCUGCCGGCUGCUGGCAGUAGACGUGAACGUGAAAAUUCUUCAGGCAGUCAGGCUCAAGCAGCUGCUCAUCGUCGACGAUCUGCACGGCAGAGAAAUUCAUUGAUGUUGCAACAGGCUGGUCGUGGUUCUCACAAUAUUAGUCAGCCGGGAGACUUGCCACCAGGAUAUGAAUUACGAACAACGCAGCAAGGGCAGGUGUAUUUCUACCAUGUUCCAUCUGGAAUAAGUACAUGGCAUGACCCACGCAUUCCACGAGACCUGACUGUAAGCUCAGAUCUCGGUCCUUUACCACCAGGAUGGGAAAUGAGGCAAACUAGUUCUGGACGUAUUUAUUUUGUAGAUCACAAUAACCGCACCACUCAGUUCACUGAUCCACGGCUGUCUGGUGCAGUAAUCUCAAAUCUCAUUAAGAAACAAAGCUCAAGCACUUCACCAACCCAUGGCGCAACAAGCAGCUCAAAUUCCAAUUCGAGCAGUGGACGGGUAGAUCCCGUGGGGAGGGAAGAUUCACCUUCUGGGUCAUCUCGCCAGCCUUCUCUGUCCCCUACAAGCAGUGGAAGUAGCACAACAAUGAACAGUGAAGCAAGAACUUCAGGAGAAGGAAGUAGCAAUAGUGCAACGGAACCUGCUGCCGGUACUGAUGGAAGUGCAAAUAAUAGUGAUAAUAGAAAUUCAGCUUCAGUGUGUGUGUCACUAAAUGUACGAAGUGGAGAACUGCCAAGGGAACUGUUGGACAGUGAAUUGUUGCCAAAGUACAAACGAGAUUUGGUUACGAAGCACAAAUCUUUAAGAACUGAACUGCAAGCACUUCAACCACAAAGUGGUCACUGCCGUUUAGAGGUGUCACGGACAGAAAUAUUUGAGGAGUCAUAUAGACUAGUGAUGAAAAUGAGACCAAAGGAUAUGCGCAAACGCCUAAUGGUUAAAUUCAGAGGAGAAGAAGGUUUAGAUUAUGGAGGUGUUGCUCGUGAGUGGCUGUACCUUCUGUCACAUGAAAUGCUGAAUCCUCAGUACGGACUUUUCCAGUAUUCACGUGAAGAUAAUUACACUUUGCAGAUCAAUCCUGAUAGCAGCAUUAAUCCUGAGCAUUUAUCAUAUUUUCACUUUGUGGGCCGUGUAAUUGGGAUAGCUGUUUUCCAUGGUCAUUACAUUGAUGGAGGCUUUACAAUGCCAUUUUAUAAGAUGUUGCUUAAUAAACCUAUAACACUGGAUGAUAUUGAAGGUGUGGAUCCUGAACUGCAUAGGAGCUUAACAUGGAUGCUGGAAAACAGCCUCACUGGUGUCAUUGAUACAACUUUUGCUGUGGAGCACAACAGCUUUGGAGUAUUGAAGGUGCAUGAGCUGAAACCUGGGGGAAAGGAUAUUAAUGUAACAGAAGAAAACAAACGAGAAUAUGUAAAGCUGUACGUGAACUACAGAUUUAUGAGAGGUAUUGAGCAACAGUUCCUAGCUCUACAGAAAGGUUUCACUGAAUUAAUACCCAACAAUCUUCUUAGAGCAUUUGAUGAACGUGAACUUGAAUUGAUAAUUGGUGGCCUCGGUUCUAUAGACAUUACGGAUUGGCGAAAUCACACAAGGUUAAAGCAUUGCACUCCCGAAACACCAGUUGUAAAGUGGUUUUGGCAGAUCGUUGAAGAAUACUCGGAGGAAAUGAGGGCAAGACUUUUACAGUUUGUAACAGGAAGUUCUAGGGUUCCUUUACAAGGAUUUAAAGCUUUGCAAGGUUCAACAGGUGCUGCUGGUCCAAGACUUUUUACAAUUCAUGUUAUAGAUGCACCUUUGGAAAAUCUACCAAAAGCCCAUACAUGCUUUAAUAGAAUUGACAUUCCUCCUUAUGAAUCAUAUCAGAAAAUGUUUGAAAAGCUUACUCAGGCUGUGGAAGAGACAUGUGGUUUUGCUGUUGAAUGACGUGUUGCAUAAAAUAGCUUAAUUUUAGAGGUUGAGUCGAUUUGCACUAUUUUUAGAUAAAUAGUCAAAUGUAUUGUUUGCACAUUGAUUUGCACAAAAGGCCUCACAAGUCAUUGAAGCUGCAUGACACACCUCUGAAAGAUUCAGAUAAACUGCAAAGCUUCAUUGCCGGUGAAAUGAAAUAUUUAGGAUCAUAUGGUUUUGGUAUGAUCUCUAGUUUCUUUUUAGAUACAAUUCACUUGUUGUACAGAGUUAUUUUGUUGUAUGCUGUUGUUAAAAUAUGCAUCACAUGGUGUAUUAUUGAGAUUUUUUAACCAAUUGUUAAAAACAUUGAACCUGUGUCUACUGUGUAGAUAUAAGAUAGUAUUGUUUUCAUGGUGUGAUUUAAAAUCUGCCCAUUAUAUAUGUUGCACAUUUUAUUUUUUAAAAAAAAGGUGGCAGUUGAACUGUCAGCACAAAAUUCAACCACCACAGAUAUGCACAUAUUGUGUGUUGCUUUAGUAUUUAUGUUAACAGUAAUUGCCUUAUGUCAUUUGUUUAAGAUAAGGUUCUUCACAGUAUUGUUGUAAUUGUAACUAACAGGUAUUGCAAUUAUAAAUUAGAUCAGUUUUCCAGUUUGAAGUAGAUAGUGUUUUGUUGCUCGGAUUUCUCUGAUUUAACAUUGUACUCUUCUCGUGCACACAUGCUGCGACAUGACUCACAAACAGUGACGCGCUGAAAACCAGAUCUGAAUGUGCUCUUGCUUCAGUUUUACUCUCAGCAGUUCACCAUUGUAUUUUAUUAUUUCAUAUUACUGCAAAUUGCAGCAGAGAUGUCAUUCAUAUUUAUUAAAUGUUUGUAUGGCAGCAGUGGAAAUGCCUCAUGUAGCACCCUCCAGUAUAAUGUGACUUCCAUGCCUGAACUCCUGAUUUGCUAGCUUUUGGAGAACCGGGAUCAAGUUUAAUAUUAGCAUUAUUCAUUUAAAAGUAUGUUGUGUGUAGAAGGAAGCAGUUCUUCACAAUGAGGUGGAAAAAUGUCAUUUAGAUCAGAUGAGAAUAAGAUCAUUGUGCAAACAAAGCCAGUAUUAUUGGUUGCAGUCCACAGAAUCCCGUGGUACUGGAGCAAAAAGUGAAACUCCAUAUUUAUUAACUGUUUGUGCACUCUUACUCUCCAAGAACUUUCCAAAAAUUUCAGUAAAAACUCUUCAUUAGGUGCUCCAUUCAUUAAACAGUUAGUUCAACAUUUUCAGACUCAAACUACCACAGAGAACAUAAAGGCCAAAUUCAUCCCCGUGUGUAUACGUCGUCAUAAAAACAAGGACCAUCAUAUUCAUCUUGAUUAUAGUGCUUUUUCCUAUUUCUGUUGCCCCAUUCAAUUAAAAGUCAACUGUUUCAUAUGUAUUUAAGUUAUCAGGGACAUUUUUAUUCUUUAUGUUUUGAGGAUUGAGUACCUUGCAAUACUCAUUUUUUAUGUAACUAUGUGGUAUAUCAUUUUACAGAGUUACGUAGCAUUAUUUACGGUCUCUAUAAAAAUACCUCCUUGUCACUAUUAUAAUUUGUUUCCUAGGAAACUGACAAAUAAGUUAUAGCUUUAAAAGAAAGGAAACAAGAAACAAAUUUAUUUGUAAUGUGGAUGGUAUUUGUGAUCCUGUUGCUAACAACAGUACCAAUAGAUAUGUAUUUUUGAGAAACAUGGAUGCAUUUUAGAAAAAUGUAUAAUUGUUAAAAACUAGAGAACUGUUUUAAAAACCAA